AUGGAAGCUAAUAAUUCAGAAAAGAAAUAUGAUCACAGACACACUUUUAGGAAGAAUAUUCUGGAAGCCAUAGAAAUGAUGAUCGCCCUUUUCUGUGUGGCCAUAAUUAUAGUGGCAUCCCAUGGACAUAGUUUACUGUUUUUCAUCAACUUUUUAGUACCACAGACCACAGUAGUUGGCUGUAUGGCCUUAUCUUUGCAUGUAAGUAAUGCCACCAUCUGCUCCAGUGUCCUGGAACUCACAACCAAUGCAUGGGAUGCCUUUUUCCUGUAUUCUGAAUAUGAUGGAGAGUCCUUUGUGAUAUUCCUAAUUGAUAAGAAACCGAAAUCAAUUAUUAAUGGAUGGUUUGACUGCAGAAUUUCUCCAAGAAGCAGUGAUGUACACCAAAAUCCAGAGGAGCCCGAGGGGGAGGAUGAAGAUGUUGAGAUGGAAAGAGUGAGAACAGCAAAUGCCUUGAAUUCCACAAACUUUGAUGAGGUAAAAACAUACAAAGUAGUUAUUUCAACAAGAAACACUGCUUUUCCAAGAAGAAGAAGAAAAUCGCCACAAGGUGAGGUUUUAGGAUUACUAGGACACAAUGGAGCUGGUAAAAGUACGUCCAUUAAAGUGAUAACUGGAGACACCAAACUAACUGCUGGACAGGUGCUACUGAAAGGCAGCAGCGAAGGGGACCCUCUGGGGUUCCUGGGGUACUGUCCUCAGGAGAAGGGGCUGUGGCCCAACCUGACAGUGAGAGAGCACCUGGACGUGUUCGCUGCGGUGAGAGGGCUGAGGAAAGCAGAUGCCACGGUCACCAUCACACGGUUGGUGGAGGCGCUCAGGCUGCAGGAGGAGCAGAAGCGCCCCGUGAAGGCCUUGUCAGAGGGAAUCAAGAGAAAGCUGUGCUUCGCGCUGAGCAUCCUGGGAAACCCAUCGGUGGUGCUGCUGGAUGAGCCGUCCACGGGCAUGGACCCCGCGGGGCAGCAGCAGAUGUGGCAGGCGAUCAGGGCCAGCUUUAACAACACCGAGAGGGGCGCCCUCCUGACCACCCAUUACAUGGCCGAGGCAGAGGCCGUGUGUGACCGAGUGGCCAUCAUGGUGUCUGGGAGGCUGAGAUGUAUCGGUUCCAUCCAGCACCUGAAGAGCAAAUUUGGCAAGGAUUACCUGCUGGAGAUGAAGGUGAAGACCCUCGCCCACACGGAGCCCCUGCACAGCGAAAUCCUGAGGCUUUUCCCCCAGGCAGCUCGGCAGGAAAGGUACUCGUCUCUCAUGGUCUACAAGUUGCCGGUGGAAGAUGUGCGACCUUUAGGCCAAGCUUUCUUCAAAUUAGAGAGGGUUAAACAGAGCUUUGACCUGGAGGAGUACAGCCUGUCACAGUCCACCCUGGAACAGGUCUUCCUGGAGCUCUCCAAGGAGCAGGAGUUGGAGAAUUUUGUUGAUGAACUUCAACCCUCCAUGAAACGGAAGCUCCUCCCACAGGAAGAGCUUUGAAGCCCCAAAUACUCUAUGUUUUCAUUCAAGUCUGUGGUUGUUCUUUAAGACAUUUAUUUUGAUAGCAUCACUGUUUGUAUUUAGAACCUAUAUUGUGAACACUGACAUGGUUUUUGGUGUGGUGGAGAGGAGGAGUGAGUGCUGGGCAAAUGCAGUGACAACAGGGACAGAGGCACUCGACUGAGCCCACCUCCCAGUCCCAGUCUACGUGUGUCUGCAGGUCACCCUGAUCCUAUUUUUCAGUCUAAUGCUGAAUAAAUAAAUUUAUAUUUCUGAAUAUGAUAUAUGAAUUUUAAUUUUUUUAUCAAAAACUUAAAAUCCUUUUUUUGCUAACCCAAACUGAGAAAUCCAUAUAUUUAGUCUUCAGAAAGUGUGAUACUUUAUAAAGCUGAUAUUUUAAUAAUAAUUUAAGUGAGCAUGUCAAAAAGUAUUAUACUUACUGAAAAAUAUUUUAAUAUAUAUUUUAUGGCUAAAAAUAUGAAAACAUUCAUUGGUGAUAAAAUCUGAUAACAAUAUAUUUGAUAAUAUUUCCACUGGUUACACUGUCAGUCAUACAGACAUCUGGAUAACUGAAAAUUUGCUAUUAGGAAUGUAUUAUACUUUUUUAUUUUUAUAAACUAACAGAUUUUGAUUUUCAUCGUAUUUUUAAAGCUUUGCUAAAGAUGCUUCUAUUAUAACUGAUCUUUUAUGGACAUCUGCCACUUCAUCUCAGAAAGUUGAUAAAUAUAAUAGGUCCAAUGAUCAAGUUGGUGGAAAAUAUAAAAUAAAUCUCAUAUAUAUAAUUAUGCAA